ACAUUUAAAAGACAAAUGAAGCCAAGUCCCGACAUGGAGAAACAUCAGAACUCUGUCAAGAGUUUUACUAAACAGAGUAAUCUCAAAAAACACCAGCGUAUUCACACAGGAGAAAAAACAUAUUUCUGCUCAGACUGUGGGAAGAGUUUUACUCAACAGAGUGAUCUCAAAAAACACCAGCGCAUUCACACAGGAGAGAAACCGUAUCACUGCUCAGACUGUGGGAAGAGUUUUAAUCAACAGAGUAAUCUCAAAAGUCACCAGCGCAUUCACACAGGAGAGAAACCGUAUCACUGCUCAGACUGUGGGAAGAGUUUUAAUCUACAGAGUAAUCUCAAAAGUCACCAGCGCAUUCACACAGGAGAGAAACCGUAUUACUGCUUAGACUGUGGGAAGAGUUUUACUGUGCAGAGUAAUCUCAAAAGUCACCAGCGCAUUCACACAGGAGAGAAACCGCAUUACUGCUCAGACUGUGGGAAGACUUUUACUCAACAGAGUACUCUCAAAAUCCAUCAGCGCAUUCACACAGGAGAGAAACCGUAUCACUGCUCAGACUGUGGGAAGAGUUUUACUGAACAGAGUGAUCUCAAACGACACCAGCGCAUUCACACAGGAGAGAAACCGUAUUACUGCUCAAACUGUGGGAAGAGUUUUAAUCAACAGAGUCAUUUUAAAAAUCACCAGCGCAUUCACACAGGAGAGAAACCGUAUUACUGUUUCGACUGUGGGAAAAGUUUUACUAAACAGAGUAAUCUCAAAAUACACCAGCGCAUUCACACAAGAGAGAAACCGUAUCACUGCUCAGAGUGUGGGCAGAGUUUUAAUCAACAGAGUCAUUUAAAAAAACACCAGCGCAUUCACACGGGAGAGAAAACUAUCCCAAAUUUGUCCCACGGCAAUAAACACCAGCGCAUUCACACAGGAGAGAAACCGUAUCAUUGCUCAGACUGUGGGAAGAGUUUUAAUCAAGGCGGUCAUCUCCAACACCACCAGCGCAUUCACACAGGAGAGAAACCGUAUCACUGCUCAGACUGUGGGAAGAGAUUUAUUGAACAGAGUACUCUCAAACGACACCAGCGCAUUCACACAGGAGAGAAACCGUAUUACUGCACAGACUGUGGGAAGAGUUUUAAUAGACUGGAGACUCUAAAACUGCAUCAGCGCAUUCACACAGGAGAGAAACCGUAUUACUGCACAGACUGUGGGAAGAGUUUUAAUAGACUGGAGACUCUAAAACUGCAUCAGCGCAUUCACACAGGAGAGAAACCGUAUCACUGCUCCAAGUGUGGGACGAGUUUUACUGUACAGAGUAAUCUCAAAAUACUUGAGUUGUUUUUAGAUAUUGGACCUGAACUGUGUAUGUGGAAGUAUCCUGUCUCUCUAUCAACUCUACUUCGGGCUUCCAUCAAAAGAAUCAAGGGGAACGCACUGGAGCAGUUGAGGGUAGUGCUGUUUUUCCCAACAAUACACCAGCGCAUUCACACAGGAGAGAAACCGUAUUACUGCUCAGACUGUGGUAUGAGUUUUACUCAACAGAGUCAACUAAAACUGCACCAGCGCAUUCACACAGGAGAGAAACCGUAUUACUGCUCAGACUGUGGGAAAAGUUUUAAUCAACAGAGUACUUUCCAAAUACAUCAGCGCAUUCACACAGGAGAGAAACCGUAUUACUGCUCAGACUGUGGGAAGAGUUUUACUACACAGAGUACUCUCAAAAACCACCAGCGCAUUCACACAGGAGAGAAACCAUAUUACUGCUCAGACUGUGGGAAGAGUUUUACUACACAGAGUACUCUCAAAAAACACCAGCGCAUUCACACAGGAGAGAAACCGUAUCACUGCUCAGACUGUGGGAAGAGUUUUAAUCAACAGAGUCAUCUCAAAAAUCACCAGCGCAUUCACACAGGAGAGAAACCGUAUCACUGCUCAGACUGUGGGAAGAGUUUUACUUCACAGAGUGAUCUCAAACGACACCAGCGAAUUCACACAGGAGAGAAAACUAUUCCACAUUUGUCCCACAGCAAUUAAAAGUGCAAAUCGUAAAUCUUUCAGACAGAACACCUUAUCCUACACAAAUGUUUCACUCUGUUACUUGGGACACGUUCCACCAAAAACAAACAUGAACUAAAUUUAAUCAUGGAUUUAACAGGUUCAGCAAAAUGAAUCUUAACCAGGGAUGAUGUUUAUUGAAUUCCAUGUUGUGUUUUCUCGUAUGUUUAAUAUUCCAGGACAUUCUUUGUGAGACAGAGUUCAGUUCUGAAGAAGUGAGACCCAGAGCCACAGAGAGACGACACUGUGCCGGGUACUGCCGUGUUGACCGGAGGAGCAUCCAGACCCCGCAGAGAGGCCAACAAAAUCCUUUCCAGAGGUUAAAUAAAACGGUCAGCCGUAGUUCCCAUACUGAAAUCAACCUCCUCCAGGCUUGUGUAGUGCAGUGAGGUUGUGGACACAUUUACUCCCUCUGAUGGUGUUCUCAUUUGUCUAUGGUUCAGUCGUUCUGAUUAAAAAUCUGUUACCAUAGAAGGAUAUAGAUGGAUAUUUGGUCAUUGUAUUACUCAAGUUUUAUACUCGCUUAUCUUUUUCUUAUUGAAUAUUAUAUGUUGCUGAAGGUUUUUUUUUUAAUCUUUUUUUAAUCUUUACUAAGAAUAUCCAAAUCAUGUAGUUUUUAAAUUGUUUUUAUCCACUACAAACUAUUAUCUUUGUAUUGCUUCACCUCUAUAUUUACUCAUCUGUGUGUCUUAAUAAAUGGCUUUUAUAUUGCA